AGUCGGUCGCGUUUUUUAUGACGUCACGUCUGGAUAAUUUUCCUCUACCUUUGUAAACUGAAUCUUUUUUUUUUUCUAGACAAGGUUUCACAUUUUACCGUUUUUAAUCUUCGGCCUUUGUAUUUUCCCUCGUGUAGCAACAAAGACCAGUUCAGUACUUAUCUUCGUUGAUAGGACACACCACAGGGCACAUAGCGGACCAAACAGAGCAGCAUAAUGUCUGCAGAACUGGACCUGUCUCCUCCAGAAGUCCCUGAGCCCACCUUCCUAGAAAGCAUACUGCGCUACGGGUUGUUUCUGGGAGCCAUCUUCCAGCUAAUCUGCAUCCUCGCUGUCAUCUUCCCCACGUCCAAAGGCCACGAACAGGAGGAGGCCGAGUCUACUGACAACGCAAAGGCUGCUGAACAAAUUAAGAGACCUAAAGGACUAGCACCCCAGAUUCGACAGAAACCAAAGAAAGAGAGCAAAAAGAAGCGAUAGAUACUGCUAUUGAACAUUGCCAGAGUUGGGACAUGGAAAAUAAGAUUUCAACCACUACACGUGUAUGAAACACUAAUGUCAUAUAUUACAAUAGAAAUAUUGUUAAAUUUUAUACACUUCAUAUUGACCUGCCAUUGUGUCUUGUUCAUCCUGUUCAGCUCAGUAUUACACAGACCAAAUUGCCAUAAUAUUUGGUCAUUUAUGCCUUUACAAAUUGUAUUGUCUGUUUUGCUUUCAUUUGUCUAUAAUUGAAUUUCAUUGAUUUAAAUGUAUUUGGGUUACAACAGACAAAUAAACAUACUGUAUUCAUUCA